CAGGGAUCCAGUUUGAUGCCGGCAACAAUGUGUUGUCAUGAUUUGUUGAUGAGGAAUGCCAUGCUUUCUGCCUACACCCCAAUGUGCGACUACCUGCGGCUCGGCUGUUGAUGCGGGAAGUGCUGUAGGGCCCUACUGCCUAACACUUGCUGACGAGGACAUCCUUGCAAAGAAUGAGAUCGUGGAUCCUAGCAUCGGCCUCCAGAAAAGGAAGGAAUGGCUGCUUUUGACUACACCUGAGGGAGAAAGGUACCGCCAGGCUGAAAGGGCAGCCCGGCACCAGAAGAUACGGCGGUACCUGUCAGAAAAGCUGUCCAAUCUCAAGAGAAAUCACUACAAAGGCUCAUCCCUUUGCUGCCUGUCCUCCCCCGAUGCGUGGUCCCACCACGGACUGCCCAUGCUGUUGCAGGUCUGUUAUCGGUUGCACCUCAUGUUGUAG